AUGGAAACUUCUGGCAUUGUCCUAGUGGCUGGGGCAACUGGUGGUGUAGGGCGAAGGGGGGUCGCCGCCUUAAGGAAGAAAGGGCUUCCGGUCCGAGUAUUGGUUAGAAAUGAAGAGAAAGCAAGGAAAAUGUUAGGCCCGGAUGUUGACUUGAUUGUUGGAGACAUUACUAAGGAGAGUACUCUGGUUCCCGAUUACUUCAAAGGAGUGAGGAGAGUGAUUAAUGCUGUUUCUGUCAUUGUUGGUCCAAAAGAGGGUGACACUCCUGACAGGCAAAAAUACAGCCAGGGAAUCAAGUUCUUUGAACCAGAGAUCAAGGGAGAUUCACCUGAAAAGGUGGAGUACAUUGGAAUAAGAAAUUUGAUCAAGGCUGUAAAAGGAAGCGUUGGACUUCAAAAUGGAAAACUACUAUUUGGUUUUGAAGAUAAUAAUUAUAGGGAAUUGGCUUGGGGUGCUUUAGACGAUGUUGUGAUGGGUGGAGUGAGUGAAAGUACAUUUCAGAUUGAUCCAAACGGUGGUGAAAAUGGUGGACCAACUGGAAUUUUUAAAGGGGUUGUUUCCACUGCAAACAAUGGUGGUUUUACCAGUAUCAGAACAAAGAAUCUAUCAACAGCUGAGGAUCUCUCUGCAUAUGAUGGUUUGGAGCUGCGCCUUAAAGGUGACAGUCGUCGCUAUAAACUAAUUGUUCGCACAAGUCGUGAUUGGGAUACUGUUGGUUACACAGCAGGCUUUGACACUGUUGGAGACCAGUGGCAGACAGUACGUGUGCCAUUUUCUUCGUUGAAGCCGAUAUUUCGAGCAAGAACUGUAUCAGAUGCGCCACCUUUUGACCCCAGCAAUAUUGUGUCAUUGCAGCUCAUGUUCAGCAAGUUUGAAUAUGAUGGGAAACUGAAUCCUACUUUUGUGGAAGGGGCAUUUAAGGUUCGUACACGUAGGUUCUGCAGGAGUUACCCGACCUGA